GCCCGGAUGGUUUCUCCCGCCGUUUCCCCUGCGGGAGAUGGAAUGCUCCUAGUGACGUCACAGGGGCGGGGCUCAGCGGUGCUGCCGGGUGCGGGAGGCGCCAUUGGAGCCGGCUCUGCCCGAGAGCCCCGAGCGGAGGCGCCGGAGCAGGUCGGGCCAUCUCACUGCUGCCGCCGCCGCCCUCCUUCUCCUUCUCCUCGUUCCCCUUGUCUUCGUCCUUCGGUCCCCGGGCAUGGCGUGCGGGGCGACACUGAAACGGCCCAUGGAGUUCGAGGCGGCGCUGCUGAGCCCCGGUUCUCCGAAGCGGCGGCGCUGCGCCCCCCUGCCGGGCCCCGCGCCGGGCCUGCGGCCCCCGGACACUGAGCCGCCGCCACCGCCUCAGCCCCAGCUCCAGCCGCCGCCGCUGUCCCCGCCCGGCAGCGACCGCCGCCUGCGGACCCCGGAGCAAAUAUUUCAGAACAUCAAACAAGAAUACAGCCGAUAUCAGAGGUGGAGACAAUUAGAAGUUGUCCUUAAUCAGAGUGAAGCCUGCACUUCAGAGGGUCAGUCACACUCCUCAGGACUCACUGCACCGAGCUCACCAGGUUCGUCCUGGAUGAAAAAGGACCAGCCAACAUUUACAUUACGACAAGUUGGUAUAUUGUGUGAACGUCUCUUAAAAGACUAUGAAGAUAGAAUUCGAGAGGAAUAUGAGCAAAUUCUCAAUACAAAAUUAGCAGAACAAUAUGAAUCUUUUGUGAAAUUCACACAUGAUCAGAUCAUGCGACGAUAUGGGACAAGGCCAACAAGCUAUGUGUCUUGAAUUUUCUUUGCAUAUCUGGGUACCUGGUCUGACCUCAAGAGAUGGCUGCUGUACACUUUUGCAACUGGUUUGAUAUCACAUUUCAGCUCCAACUUUGCAUCCUGAGAACACUUAAAAUAUCUCUGCAGGUCCAUUUUUAUAUAACUUGAAAGACCUUGAAACUUUCUGGUUGCCACAAAGCAUAACUUUCUUUUCUGCUCAGCCAAUAAACAGCUGUGCCCUACCAUGAGAUAUUUCCCAAACACAAAAUACAUGGAGCAGCAGUUUAGCAACGUAAGCCUUUAUUGGCGCUAAGCAGAUGGAACGUCUCCCCAAGCCCAGUUCUGUAAGGUGUGUGUGUGGGGGUAUGUGUGUAUGGGGUGUGUGUAGAUUUGGGUGUACUUUUUAAGUUAUUAUUUGUACUGUGCAAAUUUUCUGAUCUUGGGGAUCCUGGCUGUGAAUUUGAUGCACGACAAUUAUGGUUAGAAACAUUUUUUGGUCUACAAGGAUCAAUAAUGUUUUGGUGACCAUAGAAGUUAUAACCGUGGAUUGUUUUGUGUGUAGCUAUUAUUGUUAAAUACAGGGACUAUUUUCAGGCACAGAAUAUUAAUCAUAAUUUAGGUUGGACAAUAGAUGUGAUUAUGACGACAGAGAGGGGUUUUUUGUGCUUGUAAGUUUUAUACACAGCAUGGAAUUAGUACAAGCUGGAGAAAGGAUCAUUUGACCUAUGGACUCGGCCUAGCCGUGCUAAGAAAACACCUUGACUCCAAGCCUUAAAAUACACAUGUGGAGUCUGCAGCUCCCAGUGGUUUGUGUGCUCAUUUACACAGCCAGGAGCUCCACCAACACUUUUGACCUCUCCGAAGAAAAGGCUUCCCCAAGAGCAGUAGGUUUUGCUUAUCUCAGUAUCACACAAGUGAAUGAGGGUGGCCCUGCUCGGUCCAGCAUUGUAUUGUUACAGUUUGUAACGGUACAUUCAUCUUGGGUCAUUAGACUAGAAACAAAACUUCUGAUCCCACAUUCAGGUUUUUCCAAAUUCUUCCAAGAUGUUUCAGUGCUUGGCUGCUUGGAUUUUUUUUUUUUUUUUUAAGGGUGUGCAAACCCUUCCCUGAGUUGAUAACAUGCUGUUCUUCUCCUUUGAAUUUCCAAGGUUGAAGGACAGAAAGUAACCUCUGUUUUGAGGAGGUAGAAGUUCAGUGUACCUUUUUUUUUUUUUUUUUUUUUUACUGUGACUUGUCAAGGACCAUAUUCCACAGCAAUGCCUUGUUUCAUUUAUUAUUGUUUCUUGAAAGUUAAAUGUUUUUAGUUUAUAAAUAUAGGCUAGAAUUUUAAAUUAGGGCUUAUUUUGAAAAAUGCUGAGUUUAGUUCAAAUGUAUGCCAAUGCCUUCUGGGUGGAUAAUAUUCAGAGACAAUUGUUCUUGAUCAGACGGCAUAGAGAAACCUUUUGGAAUAGUCACAUUUACAGAUUGCCUAUUGAUGAAUGUCUUUGACUUAAAUCUAACCAAAAAACUACAAUGUUAUCCUUUGUACAUUUUCAUUAUAUAGUGUUACAAGCUUAGUUGCAAACCAAUAAAAUACUUAAGCUAUUUGUUUACCUUGCCUUCUUAAUAUUGUUAUCAAACAUUUAUUUAAUUCAUAUGAUUUUAUAGGAGGCUACAAUAAUCAUUUCCAGAUUUUGACAUGACAUGGAAGAUUUUGUUUUUUCUUCCCCAGCCCAGGGAUGAUCUUUAAUGAUUAAGAAGUGAUUUUAUCUCAGUUUCAAGGGUUAUUGCUUCAUGUCUAUUUUUUCUUCAAGGGGCAAUGGCUAUCAGUAAUAGUUAGGAAGUUAGAUCUUCUAGAAUGUAAGUUUCCUGAGGAUAAAGACUUCAUUUAUCUUUACCUCCACUAGAGCCAAGCAUAAUACUGUAUAGUACUGCAAUAGCCAUGUAGUACCAUCCACAUUUUGGUCAUCCAAAUGUUUUAUCAUAUGUCAGAACUAGAAAGGAGCUUUGAGAUCAUUGAGUUCAGCCUCAUCAUCUUAAUAAAACUCACUCACCAUAGUUAAACAGCUGAGAAAUUUGGACCAAGGUCUACUGACCCAAAUUCCAUGUUCUUUUUGAAUAAAAUUGGUCUUCACAUCCCAGGUUGGGUGGGCAUGACUUGUUACCCUCAGAUGAGAUGAGCUAUCCUCAGCUUUUAGCUGAGAGGAUCUAUCUUGAGGAGUUCUUCUCCAAGGUUUCUCUCAGUUCAGCUCUGCAAAUGAGUGAGAUCUAGGGCUAAUACCUUAAAAGGGUAUAAGUAGGAAGCAGGGAAGAGGAUAUCUGAGAUAAAAGGAUAACAAAGGGAAAAAAGCUCCUUUUUUUUCUCUAUCUCUUAUCUCUGUUACAGUUACCAUCCUUAACAGAGUGAUAAAAGCUGAGAUGACUAGGGAGUAGUUUGCAGAGCUCAGAGCACAGACAUGCUGUAGACAGUGUUUGAACUUGGGAGUCAGUCAGCUUGAGUCCUGACCCUGUUAUCAGCUAAUGCUGUAGGAGUUGGAUAGCCCUUUCCUGCUCUGUAUUCUGUGACAAGGAAGAAUGAAAUGGAGUCGUGAUUUUUUUUUUUUUUUUUUGAAAUCGUGGCAAGGAAAAUUAUCUAGGAAUUUAUGAGUUUAGGAGGGGCUUUCCCAGCUUGUACUAUAGGUAAAAGUGAGCUAGCCUCAGAAUGAAUGAGUUGGAUGGUAGAAGGGGGAAAGAACCUUCUUAGGCCUAGACAUUUCUGUACCCACAGCACAGAACUGACCUAACCCCACAGAAGGAGGGAUCCAGGCUCUUGAGUGGUGAUAAUGAGUUCUUAGGACAAUUAAAGGAUUUUUCCAGCUAGUGAACUAAUUGAAAAAAACUAUCACUGUUGGAAAAAUUCUUAUACUUAAGGUCCGCUAUUGUCGAUUUCCUCAGAAGCACUGUGGUUUUUAAAAACAAAAAGAACCCUCACCUUUUAGAAUACCUAAGAUGGCAUUAGUGUGUUCUUAUUAGAAAUUAGAAUCUUCUGGCAGUAGUUAACCCAAGGAAGCCUGGGGACUUAAUGGAGACAAAUCUAGGUGCUAUCACUGGGCAGGUCCAGUAGGGAAUAAGCAUUAAGUGUCAAGCACUGUGCUAAACACUUUACAAAUAUCACAUUUGCUCUUUACAACCUAGGGAGGGAGUUGUUAUUGUGAUCUCUGAUUUGUGGUUGAGGAAAUGGAGACAGAGAAGUUAAAUGCCCAAAGUUGGGCAGUGCUAGAAAGUGUCUGAAGCCAGGUCUUCCCGGUUCCAGCCUGGUGCCAUUUGACUGCCAAGUAGAAGCCAUACUGGCCCAAAUGGGAAUGGCAUGAAGUGGAGGACCCUGUUUGCUAGGCCCAAUAGACAGCUCCUGGAGGAGCUUUGGGACAGUUGUGUUUCUGCCUUUGCAUCACCAGCAUCUAGCACUGUGCCUGGUACAUAAUAGGUAUUUAAUAAAUGCCUUAUGAAUUUAAUUGUGAUGGUGUUCCUGGUCAUGUGGUGUUGACUGGCUCAUUGUGGUAAAAACAAAUGGAGAGUAAGCCUUUCAGCACUGCUGUGGUAUGUUUGAGGUAGCCAUCUCACCACAACUUAAAUUUACAUAGCAUUGGUAUAGCCACAUAAAUUUGGUGUUUAUGACAUUCCUUACAAUCUUGUAGGAUGAGUAGUCCAAAGAUAAUUAAAUCCCAUUUUAAAGAUGAGAAAACUGACUGAUGUAUUAAAAAAGGCAAAUUGACUUGUUGAGAAUCCCAUCAUUGGUGUGUUUUAGCCAGGAUGGUAGACUCAAAGAUAACAUGUCACCCAUAAUUGCUUCUCUUCUCUUCUUUCCUCUUCCUUCUCUAUAAGGAGAAAAGCUGAUUCUGAAUUUGAACUAUGUGGCCCUUGUCUUGCUUAUCAUGUGCCUUACACAUUAUGAGUACUUCAUAAAUGUUCCCCAUUAUCCAUUUCUCUAAUAGACUUCCAUCAGUUCCUCCAGGCCCUCAUAUUCAUUAUCUUUGAACCAUUUAGUUCAAGAAACAUCAAUGAAGCCACAUUUUCCAUUUUCAUAUUAUUGUUGGGAAAGUGUGCUAAGGAGUAGGCAGGGCAGAUUGGGGAGGGGGGAGGUUCAAAGAGAGUCUUUAACUGUUUGGAUCAGCACUUGGCAGAAAGGGACCUUGUAAUGGAAAGGAGGGGAAUACAUAAAUAUCUGAUACCACAGGGAAUCUACCAUAUAAUAGGAGAGAUUAGAGGUGGAAGAUGACUUGGCUAGAGAGUCUUGGAGUAGGUUCCACUUGUAGAAUGGCAUUUAAACUGGUUCUUAACAGGCAGAAAGAAGGAAGGACAUUGUAGGUGAUGGGCAUGGGUGAGCAACAUAGUCUUUGUGGGGAAUAGGAAGUUGGAACAGAGCAGUUCUGUGGAAGAAUCCUGGAAAGGUAGUUUGGGACUAGACUCCAGUAGCCUUGGCUUUUGGCUGUUGUUUGGCAGGCAAUUAAAGAUUAGUUUUGAACCAGAUAUGAUUGUUAAGGAUCAAGCUGAUUGACAAAAAUACUAGAUUGAUUUGGAGAAACCAGGUAGUUAAUAGUGAGGGUCUGAGCGAGAGUAAGAAGCAAUGGGAAUAGAGAGGAAGAAGAAAAAAAGGAAGCCUUGAGGGCACUUUGCUCAUUGGAUGUGACUGAUUCAUCCCAAGGUUUAUUAAGCACCUACUAUAUGGCUGUUCCAGGAGCAAGAGCAAAUAUAAAUUAAGAUUAGAUGCUAUCUCCAACCUAAUGGAGUUUACAUUCCAGGAGGAAAAUAAGAUACCCUGCUAAUUAUAAAAUAUGUGAGAUAGCUCCCUGAGGGAUGUGUGUAUGUGUCUGGUGGAAGAUAGAGAAGGCUUCAUGGAGAAAUUGGCCAUUGAGAUUGGGGAGAAGUCUGAAAGAAUAUCCUAGUUUGAGCCUAGGUGACAGGUGCUUUAGGAAUCACAAGGAGCUUGGUGUAGUGAAAAGAGCUCUAAAUUCUAAAUAGGAUUGUGUUUAAAUCCCAGCUCCACUUGCCACUUAUGUGAGCUUAGGUGGUCCCUUCAACUCUUUGGAUCUCAGUUUUUUCACAUAUAAACUUUACAGAUUGAAUUAGGGUUCUUAAACUGUGGUCUGUGAAUCUGAAAAAAGUUUGGGGAGGGGUAAUUUUCAACACAAUUUCCUUUGUAAUCCUCCAUAUUUUAUGCAUUUAAAAACAUUCUAAGAAGGUUGCGGAGGCUUCAGACUUUCAAAAGGGGGACUUGAAGGAUCCAUGACAAAAAUAAAGAUCUAGAACCCCUAAGUAAGAUGAUCUUCAAGGUUCUUUGCGACUCUCAGGCUUUAACCUGUGACUUUAUUCCACAUCUCUAUCCUCGUUUCCCAGUGCGUUUCACAUUGACUCAGUAAGCCUCACAUGAAGUCCAGCAGUUCCUAGAGUCCUCUGAUCAGUAGAUCUUGUCCAUUUGUUGGCUACUACCCUAAGCCCAUUUCUUGUAGUCCUCCAUGCUCCCUGUAAAAGGGAACCUUGAGAGUUCUCUGCCCCAACCACCCCCAGCUUCUCAGAUGCCCUCCUGGGCAGCGCCACCAUGUGGCCACCACCUGACUGCCUGUUCCUCCAGCUUUUCAUCAGAACCGCCCAAACUGCUGACCCCCAGCAGCAGCCCCCAGAAGUCAGGGCUCUCCAUGUUGAAGGUGAGGGAGCUGAGACUUAGAUGAAGUGGUUUUUUGUCUGCAUAUAGGGCUGGGGGUUUGAAUUCAGGUCUUGAUGUUGUGCCAGCUAGUGCUUCUCAGUUUAUCAACUUCACAUUCACAAAAUGUAGACUGAAAGAAUCAGUGGGUUACUUAACCUAACUUCCAACCAGAAAGUUGCCCUUCUGAAGAAGGAUUCUAACCCAGAUCAGAAUCCAUUGAAGUCCCUAACUUUGCCCUCAGCCUUCCUCCUGUGAAGCUUUCCUUGGACCCACCAAGAACUUCAGAAGAUCCACUUACAAGCUCUGUGACCAAGGGCUAGCUAUUUCUCUUUUCUGUGCCUCUUUUUCUACUGAAAUGAGGGUAAUAAUACUUGUCUUACCUGCUCCUUGUGAGGAAAGUAUUUUGUAAAUUUAAGGAUUAACUUGGGAACUAUAAUCAUGCCAACCCUUUCAAAGCCAUCACCAGAUUACUUAAACAUAUCUCUUUUCUGAUCCCAUUUGUAUAACUUCUAAGUUUUUUUUUAAGGUUCCUGACUUCCCCCUUUUAAGCCCACAGGGGCCUUUUGACGUAAUAUUGCUCAUGAAAGCCUACCUCAACCUAGAAGCCUGGGCACUUACAGAAAGCAAUUUGGAACUUUGUCCUCCGAAUCUCUAAACUGCACAAACAUUUUUUAUUGUAAUUGUUUUCAUGUUGGUAAAGAAAUUGAUUGGGGGAGAGGACUAUAUCACUUGGGGGUUGAUUGAACAAAUUAUGGCAUCUAAGUGAUGAAAUAUUGUGCUAUAAGAAAUGAAAAGGCUUUUGGCAAAUUCUAGGAAGAGUUGUAUGAAUGGACAAACUGAAGAGAAAAUGUAUACACAAUAUUGCAAAAGGAAAGAAAAAAAAACUUUGAAAGAGUGAAGAAUUCUGAUCAAUACAGUGAUUAACUCCAGUUCCAGAGGACUGAUGAUGAAGCAUGCUACUCUUGAUUGAAGAUGCAUGUUUUUGGACAUGAGCACCGAGGAAAUGUAUUUUGUUGUACUGUACAUAUUUGUUAUAAGCAGGGGUGUGCUGAUGAAUGUUUAACAACCUGUAACCAAGAAAACAAAAUGGAAGCAGGACAUGGUUUUCAGUUUUAUCCUAAUUAUUGAGAUUUUCUCUGUUAAUUCUCGAUACUAUGCUAAAUAAAUGAAACAAUAAAUCAUACCCAGAUCUGUAAUAUUUGCCAGUUUCCAAGGUACAAAUGUUCAUAGUAAUAAUAUAACAGUUGAGCAAAUAGGUCUGAAAUCGUUUCAGCACAAGAUUUUUUUUUCCCCAAAGGGGAGGAAGAAGUGGGAGGGAGAGAAAAUAAAUGUUUGUUAAUUGAAAAAAUUCUAAAACAA